CGGAGACAGGGAAAAAGGUGAAAAUAUCGAUAAAUUUUGCGUUUAUAUUUAAAUAAAAGUGAUGUGCGUGAUGUGACUUCGUUAUAAUUGUAUUUAGUUGGUCUAAUCGUCUCGUUAGUGUGAUAUGGAGUCGAGUUCUUCAUUGAAUUUAAUAAAGGCUUUAGAGAAGCGUAGAUUAAAAGAUAGUUUUGAGAAGAAGCGUCUCAAAGAUGACAUGAAAGCGAAGGAAACUCCUGAAGAGAAAAGGGUUCGUCGUUUAAAAGAAAGAGAAGCGAAGGAAAUGCGUCGCCGUGAAAGGAUGGGAUGGGAUACUGAAUACCAGCAUUACACUGAUCAAGACAAUCCGUUUGGAGAUUCAAACUUAACUUCUACAUUCGUUUGGACGAAAAAAUUAGAAAAAGAUGGUUUGCGUAAUGUAUCGACAGAAACUGUUGAUAUUUUAUCACGCCAGAAGCUUCUGGAAAACAAACUUGAACUUGAAAAAGUAAAAAAACGGAGGUUAGAGCGCGAACUAGAGAAGCAAGUACGUGAAGAACAAUCUGUUUUGCAGCAACGGGUUAAAGAAGCUGCACAGUUUCAGGAAUGGGAGUUGCAAGAAGAUCAGUUUCAUUUAGAGCAAGCACGUCUGCGGAGUGUUAUAAGAAUACAAGAUGGUCGGGCUAAGCCAAUUGAUUUGUUAGCGCAAUAUUUGUCAGGUUUCAAACCAGAAGAUACAAAUGAAAUACAAAUGCACGAGCCGUAUGCUCUGUUAAAUGGCUUGAGCUUAAAAGAUCUUGAAGAUUUAUUAAUUGACAUUAAAAUAUAUGUGGAACUAGAUAAAGGCAAAAAUACAGAUUUUUGGAAUGAUAUGACAGUAAUUGUGGAAGACGAAUUGUUUAGACUAAGAAAGAAUACGAACAAUUCUCUUGAAAACGGAACAUGUGGGCGUAGAGAAGGAAUUCAUGACUGCGUAGCUAAAGAUGUCGCUGAAAUUUUUCGGAAAAAGAAUGCAAAGCAAUUAAAUGAGUUACGAUUCAAAAUAGAAAAUAAAAUAAAAUCUAGAUCAGACGGUGUAGACAUUAGUUAUUGGGAAAGUCUACUUUCUCAAUUAAAAGCACAUAUGGCUCGAGCUCGUUUACGUGAUAAACAUCAAGAAAAUUUACGACAAAAACUAAAUCUUCUUAAAACUAAAUCGGAAGAAAACGACAAUUCGGUUGCUAUGUUAACAUCGAAUAUUAAUGAGUGUGUAGCUUCUUUUAUUGAGACAGGCUGUAAUGUUGAUAACGACCUGAAAAAUGAUACAAACACUUUACAAACGUUCUUUGAUUUCUACGAAGACGGUCGGUAUUCUCCAAAAUAUAUAUCAAGCCUUGAGGACGAUAACAAUUUACCGAUUGUCACAGAGGAAGAAAACUAUCUUGGAAUAGAAUUAUUACGUACUGAAUCGUUAAACAAUAAAUCACACAAAGAGUCCUUUACUGUUGAAGAAAGGAAUAUGUGCAAAGCAAUGCGAAAAGAUAUGGGAAAAGAUGAGGCUGAGUUCUCUGUCGAAGUGCCCUUAGAAGUAGUUCAAGUGGCAUCUGAUAAGUAUAGACCUCGUAAACCCCGUUACUUCAAUCGUGUGCAUACUGGUUUUGAAUGGAAUAAGUAUAAUCAAACACAUUAUGAUAUGGACAAUCCUCCACCCAAAAUAGUUCAAGGAUAUAAGUUUAAUAUUUUUUAUCCAGAUUUAAUUGAUAAAAAUGUAACUCCACAAUAUUUUUUGAAACAAUGUGAGGAAAACUCCGAUUUUGCCGUACUUCGUUUUCAUGCGGGUCCACCAUAUGAAGACAUAGCAUUUAAGAUAGUACAUCGAGAAUGGGAGUUCAGCUACAAACGAGGAUUCCGUUGUCAGUUUCAUAAUAAUAUAUUUCAACUUUGGUUUCAUUUUAAAAGAUAUCGUUAUCGUAGAUAAAAUGAAGUCAAUACUUUCUAUAUUUAUAUUAUAUUUAUUUAUCUCAAUUAAAGUUAUAUUUUAUAAAAGACCAUUAAGAUUUUAUCUUACUGUGUCUCCGUUAUGGUAGAGGAUAUUUCUGUAAUAAUAUUAUGUUUAAUAGUAAUAAAUAUUUUGUGAAUUUUGAA